CCGACCUUCUCCCUUAAAACUCCACCCUUUACCCCCCGCAUCUCUUCCCCUCGCAAUACCCCUUUCUCAUCUCCCCUCUCCCCCAUUUUUCCUCCUCCAGAAAAAAAAUCCCCAAAUUUUCCUUCGUGUUCCUCUUUACAAUAAUUAUUAGAAUUUAUUUUAGAAGGUUUUUGUAGUUGAUUUUCUGUUGAAUUUUGCUUCUUUGAAUAUAUCUCAUCUCUUGAAAGGCUGAAAAUGGCCCAGAAGACGGAGAAAGAAGAGACGGAAUUCAAAGUCGUACCGGAGACCAUCACGCCUUGUGUUAAUAACUGUGGCGUUACUGGAAAUCCGGCGACGAAUAAUAUGUGCCAGAAAUGCUUCAACGCCACGUCAUCCGCCUCCACGUCGUCGUCGUCAUCUUCAUCAACAUCCUCGUCUGUAACCUCCUCCGUAGCCGGAGCUAUUAAAUUUGGAGAGAAAUCUCCUAGAUCUAGCUCGUCUAAGAGACUUUCGCCGGAGAGGACGACGGAUCUAGCGGAAAUAAGACGAGAUCUGAAGGAGGAGGUAAAGGAGGCUUCAUCAGCUCACGCUACAGCUCCGGCGACGGCGGCGGCGGUUAAGAGAGAGGUAAAUAGGUGCUCCGGUUGUCGGAGGAAGGUAGGCUUGACCGGAUUCCGGUGCAGAUGCGGGGAGCUGUUUUGCGCGGAGCAUAGGUAUUCCGAUCGUCAUGAUUGCAGCUACGACUACAAAGCCGCCGGACGGGAGGCGAUUGCUCGGGAGAAUCCGGUGGUCAAAGCUGCGAAGCUAGUCAAACUUUGAGAGCAAAAAAUGGAAAAAAAAAUUGAAAAAUGAAGAAAUAUGUUUUAAUUAUGUAUCAACAUCGAUGAAGGGAUCGAGAACGAAAACGAAUCCAAAGUAGAACGAGAUGAGAUGAUGAUGGAGAUCGAAGUCGAUCGAUCGAUUUCCCUCCUGUAAUUGUUGUUGAUCUCGUGCUCUUCUCAAUUUCUCAGAGUUUCCGAGAAAUUAAGCUAGAGAUGGGGGAGAGAAAUUUGAUUGGAUUUUUAUUUUUAUUUUUUUGUUUCUCCGUUUGUGAUGAAGAAUUUAAUUUCUCUCCUUGGAAGAUUAAUUGAACUUAUUAAUUUGUACUCCAA